GCGAGACAAGGAGAGCAGUGGGGAGGUGAGAAAAACGCACGAGCUGUUCACCUGCUAAAAUCCGAGCUGAAAAAAGUUCAAAAUAGGAAAUAUGAAAACCGUCAUCUGACGCCAUCAUAAUCCAGAAGAUCUGUAAUCUUCUCCUCAUUCGCAGUAAGAGCACAAUGCUGACUCUGCCAUUCGAUGAUCCUGCCAUAAUGAACAGUCAAUUUGGGGGAAACUUUUCACGGGACUGCAUGGGUGAAAUGAAGGUCAAUAAACAGGAGCCGUUCAAAAAGGAGGAGACCCUCUCCCACAUGAUGGAGGACGACGAUUCGGAGAAGGAGGACGAAGAAAGGGAGGACGGACAAGACGAGAAUGGUCUGCCGCGGCGCAGAGGGCCUCGGAAAAAGAAAAUGACCAAAGCUCGGUUCGACAGGGUCAAGCUGAGGCGCAUGGAAGCAAACACAAGGGAGAGGAACCGUAUGCAUGGUCUGAACAAUGCCCUGGACAGCCUGCGCAAGGUGGUUCCCUGCUACUCCAAAACCCAGAAACUGUCAAAAAUCGAAACUUUGCGACUGGCCAAGAACUAUAUCUGGGCACUUUCUGAGAUCCUGAGCAUGGGGAAGAGGCCUGACCUUCUCACCUUUGUUCAGACUCUUUGCAAGGGGCUCUCCCAGCCCACCACCAAUUUAGUGGCCGGAUGUCUCCAGCUGAACUCGAGGAACUUCAACUCGGAUCAGAUCAAUGGUGAGGCUUCCUUCUCUGGUAGAUCACCCUAUGACUCCAUGUACACUACCUAUCACAGUCCCGGUGUGGUGACGCCCUCUGGACACAGUAAUAGCGCUAUAGAUGCCGUUAAACCCUUCAGGCCGUUCAACUACUGCAGCUCCUACGAGUCUUUCUACGAAAGAGUCUCUCCGGAAUGCGCAAGCCCUCAGUUCGAUGCUCCCUUAAGCCCUCCUAUUAACUUUAACGGGAUAUUUUCCCUUAAGCACGAAGACCCGAUCGAUUAUGGCAAGAGCUGCCACUAUGGCACGCGUUAUUGCGCGGUGCCACCGCGCACCUCCACCACCCAGAGCGCACGGGGCUCCUCGGAUCUUCAUUUCCCAUAUGACGUUCACCUCCGCGGCCAGUUUUACCCGGUGCAAGAUGAAUUAAACACGACUUUUCAUAAUUAAUGAGAGAAAGUCAAAUGGGCCUUUAGUGGGUAUUGAGUGAAAUGCAGGACUUUCUAUCGCACAUGUAUAAUUUAUAUAGCCCCUCUCUGCGCUGGGUUUGGCCCAUCUGAUGUUUUAUUAUUUAUCCGUUUUAAUUAAAUGGAAAAUGCGCUUACAGAAAUCACAGUGUUCAUAAGUGAAUGUGUAUUAUUUUAAAAUGCCCGAAAAAAAAUGUGUAUUAAUUGAUGGUGGAGAAGCCACUGAAGUGUUUCAGUCUUAUUGGCAUGUGAGUUUGAUCUUUGUUUUCAGUGGAAAAAAAUAAUAAACCUGUAUGAGUAUUUAUGAGUCAAGUUAAAAGGCAAAUUUGAGAUUUAUUCAAUUAUUUAUUUAUUUAUUCGUUAUCAAUGUUAAUUUUUGCGGUGAGAAUUUAGUAUAAGCGGAGAGCAAUAACUGCUUAGGUUGCUAUAUAAAUUCAGUGUUUAAAUCAAAAGCAAAAUUGAAUCAUUUUUAAAUAAUCAUAAUUAUUCGUUUAUGGAAGUAAACAGAACAGUGCGAAGUUUAUUUAAUUUCAAUUCAUAAUUACAAACAUUCACAAACAAAAAUAAAUUGAUUCAUUGUCUGCUUUUGUAAUAUUCAAUUAAAACUACGACUACUAAUAAAAUGACCACAAUAAUUAAGUGAAACUAUUUAUUUUCCGAUAAAAGAUGAUAUAAUAAAAAUAUACAGGCUAUGAAUCUAAUCCCUAAAAAUGGUAUAAUUAUGAAAUGAAUUAAUAGCUGACACAUUAGCGAGGUUCUUUGAUUUUAAUUUAUGUAAUUUAACUCUAUUAAUGUUGACAAUCGAGUUUUGGGCGUCUUCUUUUUCAACACUUGUCACAUUAAUCUGCGCAUAAUUUUACUGAUGGUUGAAUUUGAUUUGAUUAUGAAAGCAUGAUAAUGGUGUUAUAUGCAACAGAUUGUUUAACAGUCUGACUUUUCUCAAAUGUGAAGUCGUCAAUAUGAUAUUGGUGGCAUUGCGUACAAUCUCGGAGGAAUCACGUCUGUAAAAAUGCAAAUAAACCGUGCAAAUUUCUAAUGGAGAGGAGAGGUCUAUGUCUUGUACAGUGAGCUCAUGUCGGGAAUACCUGCCUUAAUAUAUUUGUUACAGAUCAUUUACGCAAAGUGAUGGACGUCUUUAGUGGAUUCGUGCAUUCUAAUUUCUUCACCAAAAGAUUUUUGUGUUUACAAAAACGACUGAAUGCUCUUAACUGGUCUUGUGCCGAUUUGUACACUGUCAAGCUGUUUUGUACAGUACAAUAAAGUUGAAUUGAUUGCAGUUCUUUCUUGAAAUUACUAUUCAACACCUAGCUAAAGAGUACAUUGCAAUAGAACAAUCCUAAUGGAAAUAAACACCAAGUGAAAUCAAAUACAAAUAUAAUUUUGUGU